CCCGGUCUCUCUCCGCCUCCGCCAACCCCUCCAGUCUCUCUGUCCCAGCCUGUCAGUGCCGUAGCUAGUAUCGGAGGUUAACAAUCCUCCUCCUAGACCCAGAGAGCGACCCAGCCUGCCGUGAACCUGACCGAGGCUUGGAGCCCACUCUCAGCCAUGGCUACUACUAUCGUUACCUCCACCCGCUUUACAGACGAAUACCAACUCUACGAGGAGCUCGGGAAGGGAGCGUUUUCAGUGGUGCGAAGAUGUGUGAAGAAGUCAUCAGGUCAGGAGUUCGCUGCCAAAAUCAUCAACACCAAGAAACUCUCCGCCAGGGAUCACCAGAAGCUGGAACGAGAGGCGCGUAUCUGCCGCCUGCUCAAACACUCAAACAUAGUGAGGCUACAUGACAGUAUCUCAGAGGAAGGCUUUCACUACCUUGUCUUUGACCUGGUGACAGGAGGAGAAUUGUUUGAAGACAUCGUUGCUAGGGAGUACUACAGCGAGGCCGAUGCCAGUCAGUGUAUUAACCAGAUCUUGGAGAGUGUUCAACAUAUCCACCAGCAUGACAUCGUCCACAGGGACCUCAAGCCUGAGAACCUGCUCCUGGCCAGUAAGAUGAAGGGAGCUGCGGUGAAGCUGGCAGACUUUGGCCUGGCCAUCGAGGUGCAGGGGGACCAACAGGCAUGGUUCGGUUUCGCAGGUACCCCUGGCUACCUGUCCCCUGAGGUCCUGAGGAAGGACGCCUUCGGCAAGCCUGUGGACAUAUGGGCCUGUGGUGUUAUUUUGUAUAUCUUGUUGGUGGGCUAUCCUCCAUUCUGGGAUGAAGACCAACACAAACUCUACCAGCAGAUCAAGGCUGGGGCCUAUGAUUUUCCCUCUCCAGAGUGGGACACUGUUACUCCAGAGGCUAAGAACCUUAUUAAUCAGAUGUUAACUAUUAAUCCUUCCAAGAGAAUCACUGCUGAUCAGGCUCUCAAACAUCCAUGGAUCUGCCAACGUUCCACCGUGGCGUCUAUGAUCCACAGACAGGAGACAGUGGAAUGUCUGCGCAAGUUCAACGCUCGGAGGAAACUCAAGGGAGCGAUCCUCACCACCAUGCUGGUGUCCAGAAACUUCUCAGUGGGCCGGCAGCAUACCAACCCUGCUGCUGUGUCCUCCACCGCCUCGCUGGCGCAGGAAGCAUGCAAAAGUUUACUUAACAAGAAGGCGGAUGCUGCUAAGCCUACGACCAACAACAACAGUAAGAACAGCAUAGUGAGUGCCAUCAAUGCCAUGAAGGACAACAGCAUGGCCGCCGCACAAAUGGAAUCUCAAAAUACAGUGGUUGCUGCUGAUGGGGUCAAGGGUUCUACAGAGAGUAGCAACACAAAUGAGGAUGAGGAUAUGAAAGCAGACAGCGUUGUGAUGAUGAGUCAGGGAAGUGCUACAGACGAGAUGCCCUCUCUUCUGACCUCGUCUGACAACUCGCCUGCCACCAUUCCUCUGCAUGAUGUAAAGCGCAUGGCGUGGAACGGCUCUGAUCAAGGCUCCAACCCCGAGUCGGAGCACGCUCAGUCUGCUCCGCCCGCUGCUCCACUAGGGAGCCACACUGUCCCUGUAACAGCCAGUACCACAGCACAGCACACCCGUAAGCAGGAGAUCAUCAAGAUAACUGAACAGCUGAUUGAAGCUGUGAACAAUGGAGACUUUGAGGCCUACACGAGGAUCUGUGAUCCAGGUCUGACAUCCUUUGAGCCUGAAGCUCUGGGAAACCUGGUGGAGGGAAUGGACUUCCACAAGUUCUACUUUGAAAACUUGCUGAGUAAGAACAGUAAGCCUGUCCACACCACCCUGCUGAACCCCCACGUUCAUCUGAUUGGAGAGGAGGCUGCCUGCAUCGCCUACAUCCGCCUUACACAAUUCGUCGAUAGCCAGGGCCGCCCCCGCUCCAGCCAAUCGGAGGAGACCAGGGUGUGGCAUCGCCGCGACAGCAAGUGGCUCAACGUCCAUUUCCACUGCUCUGGUGCUCCGGCUGCACCCCUGCAGUGAUCUGGUGUACAAACACUCCAGUCGGAGUGUGAGUUUUUUGGGGCGUGUUUUCGGCUAGUGUGUUUUGGCGGCGUGUCCUCUUUGUGGAUUGGCCCAUGCCAGGUGCCCGGCCGGGCAAGACUGCACCCUCUCUGCAACACCAACCAAUCCCGUCUAUCCUUUGAUCCGCUGGGGGCCGGCCGAGUGUGGACUCCGCCCCUGUGGGAAUGAUGCAUGCAUCUGACGCCCAAUAGGAGGGCUUGUCCUUUGACCUCUGACCCCUCCCACCCGGCAGCCAUUUUGUCUCCCGUCCACGGCAGCCAUUUUGAGAUGAUGAGAGGAGCGGGGGGAGGAAUGAAGGGUUAAUGAACUUGUAAUGCCAGAUAUGACAAUGAGUUGUAAGUAUACAGGAUAAUAUAUGACUAGUAUCAGACGACACCCAACCCUACCAAGCAUUUAUAUAUACGUCGAAUGAGAGGAGAGGAGAAUGUGUGUGAUUUGUGAGAGGUGACAUGUUGGGUUUUGUAAAUGGAGAAUUCCCUAUCAGAAUUCUGAACGGAAGGACAGUCUGUUCGAUCAGAAAGGAUGUAAUAACUUGAUGUGAGGAAACACCAAAGUGUACAACUGUAGGCUUUUUACACGUUUCUGUGUCUUUUGCUGGUGAAGUUUUUGUUGAGAGAAGGGAAGGUAGGGGGGUGCAUUCGAGAGCGAUUUUUGUUUCUGUUGUGUUUUUAGCCUUGUGUUUACGUUGCGUUUCUGUGGACUGUGUCUGAGUCUGUUUGAGACGAAUUGUAAGUGACUGAGUUUUAAAAGGGGUUUUAUUGUAAAAGUGAAGCUGCAGUGUGUAUGGCCUGUUUUAUCUGUCUGCAGUGGGAGAGAGGGACUUUUGGGGAAAAGGCGUCUGCAUUUUGCAUGUUUUCUCUCGCUCUCUCCCUUUCCUCUCCCCUCUCCAUUUCACACUCCCACCCUCUGUGUGUUUUAGAUGGUGUGUGUGUGUGUGUGUGUGUGUAAGUCUGAGACUCAUUCAGAGGCACGACAAAGGGGUCAACAUCAUCUGGUCACACACACCAGCCGUAGUCCCAUGGCCAUGUUCCCGACCCCAUUUUGACAUGACCUCUGACGUCUACAUGUGGUUGACACCGUGUGACGAUCAACAAGGGUGCUCACACGUCAACACGUGCACGCCUCCCGCCCAAAUUCUUACUCUAUCCUCACGUCCUGAGUCUCACACGUUCUGUGUAAGUGCAUAUCGUGAACACACUUGCUCACACCUACACAGUCUGGUGUGUCAGGCGUUGUAACAUAUCUUCACCGCUGUACUGUCUCCAUGGUGACACCCUGGUAGUGUGUUUUUAUCCGUUCUUCGCGCGGAGUCCCUCCAUCAGUAACAGUGUCCUUCAUUCUCCCCAUCUGUAGAGCGGUGUCUGUUUCUCUGUGUGUCUGUCUGUCUCCUGGUUUGGGUUUUGUUGACAAUGUUUUUGUUUACUGUUUGCUGUUUGCAAAGUUCUGCACUCUAUACUAUAUAUAUAUAUAUAUAUCACACACACACACACACACACACACACACACACACACACACACACACACUAAAGUUACACCAACUUUUUAACUGAUCAGACUAGCUGGUUAUAAUAUCACAGGGAAGGAAGGGACUUAAUCAAGAUCAGUUGUUGAGGAUAGAAAUCUGUUACACACACACACACACACACACACACACACACACACACACACACACACACACACACACACACACACACACACACACACAGGGAAAAGGGAAUAGAGGGUGAAUGUGGAGACAACGUAAUCAAUUAAAAUGAACAGUAAAUGUAUUCCUUUAAUUUCACCCCCUCAGUGGUAUUUCAGUCCUUAUAUUGGCCAUUCAGGUGACAGAAGAGCGGUAGAGAGUUCAGAGAUCACAUAAUUAUCUGUGGAAUUAAACCAGAGAGAUGUAUGCAUGUUUUCAGUUUAAGCAUCUCCACCAUGCACCUACCUGAACUAGGGUAGAGGAUAGGGUAUAUGCUAACAAUAUCAUAUUUGCAUCUUUUGAAAUAAAAAUGAAAAACCUGCCUCCAUCCAGAAUAUUGAAUAGGUGACAUGAGAUUAAAAAAAUAAAAUAAAAAACGAUUUAAUUACAAAAAGGAUUGUGGAGCCUUAGCUUGUUAUGAAGCUCAUUGUCAGUACUCUCCCUGCGUUGUGAUGUUAACCUGUCGGCCUGCGCUUUCUUUCCCCAGCAGUCGUUGGACGCUGGAGGUUUUUUUCCUUUUUUGCAUGAUCAUUAUGUACGGUAAAAUAAAACCAUGAAUUGAGGACGAUCACGUGUUUGUCUCAAUGUUAGUAGGUCCUUUAUCAUAGCUUUGUUAUUCAACUUGGAUCUUGAAAGUAUUUAAUAAAAAUAUUUCAGCACC